CGCCGCUGGACUACUUCGCCCUCGCGCCGCUGCCUCCCGCCCCCGAUUCCCCUCGCGACUGCUCUGACUGCACUCCCGCAGAUCUCGCCGGCGACUCUACCCGACACGCCCCGCCCCUGCCCGGCGCCACCGCGCCCAGCCCGCACUCGGCGGUAGGCGGCCGGCGCGCGGCGUUGUGCACCUGCAGCAGGCCAGCAGCCAGCCGCCCAGCCCGAUUUGAGCUGCCGGUUCCUCUCUUACGAAUUCAGGUGUAAUAGCCUGCAUGAGGAAUUCAGAGUACUACACAAUUUCAUCAGCUAUCCUCACCUGUUACAGCCGUGGGCAGCCUCUGAAUCUUGAUGCACAUUCCCUUCGUCAGGGCUGCCGGCCAUGACAUUUGCUUGCCGUGCUCCUUUGUACAGUAGAUUUGUCAUAUUGAAGAACAUAAUGUCAAUCAGGACCACACGACUACAUAUUAUAUGCAUCAAAUGUGGAAGACUGAACACAUGGGCUGUCUUCUUUGAACUUUUCAAGGGUGGACCACCCUGUUUCCAAAUCCUAGAUCUGCCACUGGUGAUGAUGGCCAUGACGCUGCUCGCCGGCGCCGUGGGGACUGCCGGAGCUGUGUCCCCUCAGCCUGACUCCGACGCAGGGGCUGUGAUGGCUGUAUUCAAGUACAACUUUGCGGCGCAGUUCCUUUCGAGGAUCAUCCCCUUCCUGUACAACGGCUGGUUCGUGCGCCAGCUCAACGCCGACGACUGCGCGGCAUAUGCAUUGCAGCUUCCACUUUUCAUCAAUUGUGUCUUAUUUUUAAGCCGGGAGGGGUUUCGGCGUGCUUGCUUGCGUAAUAAUUCUGGGAGUGGUGAUGUGUUAAGUGACGAAGAGAUACUGAAGGUAGCUUGGAUGAUCAUCCCGUUUGGCUUGUUUGUGACUUUUAUCGGCAGUCUAUUUGUGUUGAGAAUAAAGAAACUGAAGUUAUCUGACCCUUAUGCAAAAGCUACAUUGAUCAUCGCAUUUCAUGCUGUCAUGCAGCUAAAUGGAGCAUCUUGUAGAAUUGCAUGCACUAACCAGUUCUCCCAAAAGCUCAAGCUGAUGGGAAAAGGAUUUGCAUGUAUGUUGGAGCUACUGGCAGAACCUUUGUAUAUUCUUUCCCAAACAAAGAAAUACUACAUAAUAAGAGUGUAUACCGAACCUACAGCUACUCUGCUACGUUGCCUAACAACUUAUAUCUUCAUAAAAGGACAAAUUAAAGUGGAGAAGCUGGUAGUAUUUGCUUUGUCUCAGGUCGUUUAUGCAGCCUGCAUUUUCAUUGGAUAUUGGACAUAUUUUCUUUUAUUUGCUAAUAUCAGAACUUUUGAUCUCCUUCCAUUCAGGUUGUCAACCCUGAUGGUCUAUGAUAAACAGUUAUUGCACAUGUGCAUAUUGUUUACAGGCCAGACUAUCAGGAAGCUGAUCCUCCAAGAAGGCGAAAAAUUUGUUCUUGUUUGGUUUGAUACUCCAUUUAACCAGGCUGCAUAUGGUCUUGUGGAUAAAUUAGGAAGUCUGGUUGUUAGAAUAGUUUUCCUGCCAUUUGAGGAGAGUUCUUAUGCUACAUUCACCCAGUUAGCAUCAGGGCAAACUCCUGAGAAUGUAUCCAAUCUGGAAGGUUCUUUGCUCGGAGCUCUUAAACUUAUUACGCUGAUAGGUCUCGUGGUCAUUUCUUUUGGUCCAAGUUAUUCAUACACCCUUCUGAAUCUACUAUAUGGAAGAAGAUAUAGUGAUGGCGAAGCUACAGCUGUCCUCCGUUACUAUUGUGUUUACAUAAUCUUCUUAGCAAUGAAUGGCACUUCUGAAGCUUUCCUUCAUUCUGUUGCCAAUGAAAACCAGCUUAAGCAGUCAAACAAUAUGUUGCUCCUUUUCUCAGCAAUUUAUACUGUUCUAAAUGUUGCUUUUAUUAAAUCCGCCGGAGCUGUUGGGUUGAUCGCUGCAAAUUCUGUCAAUAUGCUACUGCGAAUCUCAUAUUCUGCAGUAUUCAUCAACGAGUAUUUUAAGGGCUCAUUCUCCUUCUACCGCUGCUUGCCAGCGGGCUGGGGCGUUCUGCUCAUUUCUGGUCUGACCACAGCUUUCUCCGAGAGGAUGUUUCUGAAUAGAAAUAGGUUCAAGCAGACCCUUCCCAUUCACAUGGUGAUAGGCAUCAUGUGCCUGGGCUUCUCAUUGCUUGAGAUAUAUCGUGGUGAAAAGCAGUUCUUGAUGAGCAUCGUCAAAUCGUUGAAGGGCCACGACAAACACACAUGAACUUGUAUAUUUGGGACAAGUGGAUUUACCCCAGAUAUAUAACUGAUAUUGCCAUACAACAUAUGUGUUGCAAAUACAUGUAUACUGGGUAGAGUACCCAAGAAAGGAGCUGGACCCAGCAGCUGGAGAGGCUUCUUAAAGAACAAAUCAAAUUGACCGAAAUCAUAGAUCGCCGUUCUGCAGAAUUGAAUUGCUGUGACAAGUUAUAGAGGCGACAUAAAGCAUAGAUCAUCUGGGUAGAUAGGUGAUAUAUUCUGUAACUUUUCUACACCGGACUUGUUAAGAUUAAAUUGCCGCAUGGUUGCCAGAAUUUACCAUGUGCCAGUCAGGUUUAUUUACCUGAGUUUCGAUGCAGAACUUUACAAAUUUUUCUUAAUUGUUUAACUAGUCAGCUGGGAAUGAAUUGUGUGGUAAUGAUUUUAUGUCUGACGAUUGUGCAAUUUCAAGUAGUUGAGUGGAUCAACUCCUUAAUUUCAUCAUGGACAUGUUAUAUCAACAA